AUGAAUUCGAUUGCAAGAAUAUCAGAUGAAAUUAACAAAGCCAUCCUUGCUACGCCUGUAGAAGGUCCGCCUAAAAACGAGAAAAAGGAUGCAUUGCAGAUGCCAGGUCAAGAAGGUGAACACCGUGGACAGAAAGAGGAGGAAGUUCCCAUUGAAAACGCUGCUAAGCAUCCACCGCAUUCCAAAACUCUUUUAGAAAAAGAUUCCAAUGGCGAGGAGACUUCUACACAUGUUCGGCGUGCCAAUAUUAUGCGAGUGAUUGCAUACUGGGUUCGAGUAUAUUUAAAACGGAUCUAUACGUUGUUUAUCCAGACAAUAAAGAUAAUCUCCAGGCAACGUCGUCAAAGAGUCCUCAGUACUCGUCCUAAGCGUCCCAAGAUGUUCUCUUCUUAUUCAACUCCUUCUUUUCACCGAGACCCUUAUACACACUUUCAUGCCGACUCCAGCGUUCUUUCCCAUAGCGCUUCCCUCACCCCUCAUGCUCUUCCGGAUUCCAUAGCCGAAGAAGACAUCAUUACCGUUUCUGAUCCCAUAAUCCCGCCUCCAGAAGAAAUACCUUCCACAAUUCGUAACACUCAGAGUCCUACUAAAAGCCAAAACUCUCUGUCUUGCUUUUCUUCGUCUUCCUCUUCACCACCAUCUCAUGGCCCCAAUGUUUCCGCUUCUUUUACCAUAAUUAAUGAUCCAUUCAAGUCACCUUCUGCAUCUCAUAUGCGCAUCCGCAAUAUCACUCUUUGCGCCGACAGAAUCCCAAGGCCUUUGCUCUCAAAUAAACUCCCCAAGAAGACCUUAGUGCUUGAUUUAGACGAGACCCUAAUCCAUUCUGUUUCUCGAGGUAGUAGAACUACCUCUGGCCAGCCAAUUGAAGUUCAUGUUCCUGGUGAACAUCCAAUUCUCUACUAUAUACACAAACGGCCUCACCUUGAUUACUUCCUUACUAAUGUCAGUGAGUGGUUCCAUCUAGUUUUGUUUACGGCUUCCGUACAGCCUUAUGCCGAUCCCAUUAUCGACUAUUUGGAACGAGAUAAAAAGCUUUUUGUGAAGCGUUAUUAUCGACAGCACUGUACGCUUGUGGAUACUUCUUUUGUUAAAGACAUAAGCAUAUGUAAUAUUCACUUAUCACGUAUCAUGAUAAUUGACAACUCCCCUGCCAGUUAUAACAUUCAUAAAGAGAAUGCUAUUCCGGUGGAGGGUUGGAUUAGCGACCCUUCUGAUGUAGAUCUUUUAAAUUUGUUAUCUUUCUUGUAUGCUUUACAGUAUGUUCAGGACGUUCGUGCUCUUCUUAGGCUUCGACUUGCCAAAUAA